AUGGCCACUCACAGAUACCCUUCAUCCGGGCCCGUGCCACAUUUCCCUCAGAGCAACCGCAGCAGUAUUUCAACGAGCAGCAACUAUAGUGCCAGUUCGACAUUUGAAUCCACGGUUCCCGUGUCGCGACAUCUCUUUGUGCAAAAUUUGAGCCCCGGCACCACCACGCAGCAACUUAAAGAGUAUCUCACGCCCGCAGGCACGGCAAGCCGAUGUGAUAUCGUUGACCAAAGAUCCUUUGGCCGGACAAAAGUUUGCGCUACUCUCAGUCUUCAAAACGAGGAAGAAGCGAAACUGGCAAUAUCAAUGUUUGAUAAUUCAACCUUUAUGGGAUCCAGGAUAAGGGUGCGAUUCAACAGAGAACGGAGCGGUUCCGGCAGCAGCCAGCCAAAGCAGGCUCCGUUAGAUGCUAGUAAAGUAGGCGAAGGACUCAAGGCCACAGCAGCAGACACAGCCUCGAGCCACGACAAACCGGAAACGGCUGAUGAGUGUUUGGGGGGUUCAAGGGGAGAAGAGACUGGUCCCGGCAAGAAGCGUGGAGAGCCGUUGGUGGUCAAUGGAUCGUGUGUAGGGAUGAAAGCAGGUCGGGGCAACGAAGAAAAGCGAGAUUACGAAGGUGAACUCUCCAAGCGUGCGCAGGAAAUCCAUUUGUAA